AUGCUGCUGUAUCAUCAACCUCACUAUUGUAGGGCAUCACUAGCUCACACUCGCUCUUGUAUUAAUCAACGUAUCAAGUCGCUUCGUUUCACACAAACGAAAAGCUCUCAUCUUGUUUUAUUUUCUACUCAAUUCAAGAGAAAAAAAGAAAAAAACAAGCAGGAAAAUGCUCUUGCCCGAGUUCAGGCUCCUGUGGCUAAAGUAAGUGAAGUGAAAAGGUUAUUGUCGCUCUAUGGACCAGAGAAAAAACCAUUGGCCAUCUCAAUUUCGACUCUGGGUAUCUCCACCUUCAUUACGAUGUGUGUGCCCUACGGAAUGGGGAAGGUCAUUGACGUGGUGACGGCAGGUUCAGCUGCUGCAAUGCCAUUGCCAACUGUAGUAACGCUACUUGGUGGACUCUUUGCUGCUGGAUCGAUUGCUAAUAUUGUUCGAGUGGAUACGACCAAUAUGAUUGGAGAAAGGAUUAUCAACAGAUUAAGGCAGGACACUGGUGAUCUGACUUCUUUCCUGUUGUACACGCUUUAUGUUGGAUUUUCUUUCGCGGGCAUGUCCUCUUUCUACGCGGAAUUGAUGAAGGGCAUUGGAGCGUCCUCGCGCGUGUUUGAGCUACUUCAUCGUCAACCAAAGGUCCGGAUUCCUCAACAAGGGUGGGCUCCGUUACAGGCUCCGUUUCAUGGCCACAUUCAGUUCCAAGACGUUGGGUUUUCGUACCCUGCUCGUCCAGACGCGAUAAUUUUCUCUGGCCUGAACUUAGAGGUGCUGCCUAAUGAAACAUUAGCGCUCGUGGGCCCGAGUGGAUGCGGUAAGUCGUCGGUGACGUCAUUACUUGCGCGCUUCUACGACUUGGAUGGCCCUGGAUGUGGCGGUAAAAUCAUGCUGGAUGGUGUUGACAUCUCAACUGUAAACCCAACGGAGCUCCGCGGUUUGAUGGGUGCUGUACCGCAGGAGCCACCUCUUUUUGCGUGCUCUAUUCGUGACAACAUUGCUUACGGCUGCUCUGAAGGGCAAGAAGCAACUUUGGAGGACAUCAUCCGUGCAGCCAAAAUAGCAAACGCACAUGACUUUAUCGUGUCCUUUCCGAAUGGAUAUGAUACGAUUGUUGGAGAGCGUGGGCAGGCACUCUCUGGUGGUCAGAAGCAGCGCGUGGCGAUUGCGCGUGCGCUUGUGAAGCGCCCAAAGAUCCUCAUUCUGGAUGAAGCGACCUCAGCUUUGGAUCCAGAAAGUGAGAAACUUGUGCAAGACGCAGUAGAUUGCGCCAAGCAAGGGCGCACAACGGUCGUGUCGUAG